AAAAUAAGAUUCUCACUUCAAUGCCACACAACCAAUAAGAGAGAGGCUCUCUAAACUCCAGCUAAACAAUACCCAAACCUUUGCCUUUAUUUAAAUUAAAGAAUUUUCUGUUGAUUUUUUUAAUUACUUUUUGUUUUAAACGAUAAUGCACUCCUCAAAUCCUUUUCCACAGCUUCCCUCAUCCACCGUUGGCUUCUCUCAUCCCAAUUUUUUCUUUUACCAUGAAAAAGAUGAUGUUCAGUAUAACUACCACCGGAAGAACGACGACCCAUUUAUCUCCAGCGACUUUCUUUUUCAUCCCUACAACAGUUCUACUCCUCCUGCGGUUAUGGAGAAUGUUACUACAAUCAAACAAGAUUUUGUUAGGCAACAGCAGUUUUCUGAAGGAUCAGGGUUGCAGUGUUCUGAAGAUCAUGAUCUUUUAGAUUCAGUAAUUUCUCCGUACAACAAGAGAUUAGCGACCUCGAAGAAAGAUGGACAUAGUAAGAUCUACACAGCUCGAGGCCCAAGGGAUCGAAGGGUGAGAUUAUCCAUUGAGAUCUCACGAAAGUUCUUCUGUCUUCAAGACUUGCUAGGGUUUGACAAACCAAGUCAAACCCUUGAUUGGCUGUUUACCAAAUCCCUCACAGCCAUUAACGAGUUGGUUGAAGAAACGAGCUGCUCAUCUUCAACAGUCACUGAUCAAUCCAAACUUACAUUUCUGGAAACCAUUAAUGGCGGAUCAGAAAAGAAACCAGUACUACCCAAGUGUGUUAGCAUCAAAAAGAAAAAAACGACACGACGAUGCAAUAAAUCUGGAUUUCAGGAGGAUCUUGCUAGAGACCAAUGUAGGACAGAAGCAAGAGCAAGAGCUAGAGAAAGAACAAGAGAAAAACUGCUUGUUAAAAAGCUUGAUGAUGACUUGAAGACAUUAUUUCCUGAUUGUUGUGAUUCAGGUAACUUUUGGAGUCAAACUGAACCGAAAAAUGAGUAUAACGACAUAUGCAGGGAGUGUAUAAUGGAUCAAGAACCUUCAAUGCAAUCUAAAACAUUCAAUCUUUCAAAUUAAGAGGUUUUCAUGAGCAUCAAGGUGAUCAAACAGUUAAUGAUUUAGAUCUGAAAUAGGUGUGCGUUUCUUUAGUAAUUGUUUGUUUGCUUUUUGUUUUUUUUGUUUUUUUGGGUGAGGUUUAACAGAAAACCAUUGGGGGAUUUUGAUUCAGCUUAGUGGUCGAAGAUCAGUUGUAUUAAAUAAUGGUGGAGCUGGGGUAAUAUUGUAAUUGUGUAAGUACAUUGUUGUUAUUGAUUGGUUAAUUAAUCAAUUGGAUUGUGAUUAUGGAAGCA